GCGAAACGGCGACGAGUUUCGAAGCAACAUGUUGACUCGAUGUGUCCGCCGCCUGGCGGUGACCUGUGCGCCGCCAGCCCAUGGCGUCAUGACGCUUCCGUGUGUCAACGCCAUGAACUUGCGCUCCUUCACCGCGGUCUCCUUGGUGCAGCAUCGUGCGUUUUCGAGCGACACCGUGCAUCCCGUAGUCCCCAACUCGCGGUUGUGGAUCGGCGGGCUGCCUUACGACUCAACGCACGUUGACGUCCGCAAUCGUUUUGAGCGACAUGGAGCGAUCAAGAAGCUCGAGUUCCCCACCACACCGGACGGACGCAGCAAUGGCACGUGCUACAUCUCGUUCGAGACCCCGGAGGCGGCGACCCGCGCGUUGGCCGAGCACGAAAGCGUGUUUGGCACGCGCUGGAUUCGUGUGAAACUCCUGCGAGAUCUAAACAACGGCGGACCACGAACGCCCAGCAACGCCAAAACCACGCCCAGUGCCAAAGUGUUUGUCGGCAACUUGCCGUACAACUACACGGAAGCGGACGUCGCGGACUUGUUGUCGGCGUGUGGCACCGUGGUGCACGUCAAUUUGGUCGUGGACAACGAAAACAAGUCCAGGGGCUUUGGCUUCGCCCUCUUCGAGACUGUGGAAGCUGCCGCCGCCGCCAUCGACCUCAGCGGCAGCGUGGUGCAAGGGCGCACGCUGAGCAUCAACUACUCGACCCGCGCGCCAGUCCGCGAGCGCGGCACGGCCAUGGCGGACACCGUCUUCGUGGCGAACCUUCCCCAGGACGUGGAAGAGGAGACGCUCGAGUCCAUGUUCGACCACUGCGGUGCCAUCGACAACAUCCGGCUGGCAACGGACGCCGCGACCGGCCGAUUCCGCGGGUUUGCGCACAUCACGUUUGCCAUGCCCGAAGGAGCAAAGAACGCCGUGGGGCUCAACGGAGCCCAAAUCGACGCCAACACCAUCGGCGUCGAGCUGGCCAUUUCCAAGUCGCAAAAAGCACGGCGCUACAACGACAAGUCAGGAACGGCAGAAGAUGACUCGACGCCCCAAGGGAUUUAUUAGAGAUUAUAACAUUUAACAACCCUCGGCUCCAUUUGAAUGCAGGUGGAUUGUUAUUAAUACAUCGU